GUAACCACUCACCAACAGGUGGGCCGUAUACUCGUCUGCCUACAAGGGCAAUAAAAAAAAUAUAUUGUUAGCAUAUGUCAUAAGAGUCAGAUAAAAUCUUGAAGUCCAAGAGAAAUUUCGAGCCUAAAUAAACCGCGCGGGUGAAAUCUAAACACAAACGACAAUCGUUUACGACGCAAAUUUUAUCUUAAUUUAUCGCAGAUAACCGAGAUUGUCGUAAUAAAACAAUUACAUCAGGACAGACGUAGAAGUAUUAAAAUGUCUUUUGUACAUAACUAGCACAUUUUGUUUCUGGUUUUAAUGGAGUCGCUUUCUGUCGAGUUCCAAGCCAUUUGGAACAUUAAGUUUUCGUAACAAAAUCAAUAUAAGUUAUCUCUAUUGAACAAAUGUAUCCUAAACUAGAAAAAAUGAGUGAGAAGACUGUUAAGGAAGACGAAUACAAUCCGUAUGAACAUCGUAAAAUCGAGAAGCCAAAUUCAGAUAUCAGGUCAUUAGCGAAUCUGAUUAAAUCUUCGUUGGGCUCUGGCCUACUUGCUAUGCCACUGGCUUUCUCCAAUUCGGGCUGGGCAGUCGGCAUUAUUGGAACAAUCGUCAUUGCAUUUGUUUGUGGACACUGUGUGCAUAUAUUCGUGAAAACAUCAAGAGGAUGUUGCAAGCUCGUGCGACGACCUCUUCUAAGCUACUCGGAGACUUGCAAAGCUGCAUUCGAGCAUGGACCAAAGUCGUUACGACCUUUCGCUUUUGCUGCACAAUUAUUUUCAGAAUUUGCCUUAUUCUUCACCUACAUCGGUGUUUGUUGUAUUUUUACCGUCCUAAUUGCUGAUUCUUUAAAACAGUUGUUUGAUGAAUACGUCACUACAACAGUCCUGCCUGUGGAAUAUUAUUGUUUAAUCAUACUCGUGCCACUUUGCCUGAUGGUACAGAUCAGGCACUUAAAAUGGUUGGCGCCGUUUUCAUUGAUAGCAAACAUUCUACUGAUUGCAACGUUCGUCAUCUGCAUGUACUAUAUAUUUGGAGACGAAAUAAAUUUUACUGAUAAAAGAAUCUCAGGAGAUCUGUCUAGAUUCCCAGCUUUUUUGUCCACGGUUAUAUUUGCUAUGGAAGGCAUCGGAGUAGUGAUGCCAGUUGAAAAUACAAUGAAAAAACCGCAGCAUUUUCUAGGGUGCCCUAGUGUCCUCGUCGUAGCCAUGUCGACUAUCAUGCUCCUGUAUUCUAUUCUUGGCUUAUUCGGGUACUUCAGAUACGGAGAUGUACUUCGAGGAUCUAUAACACUGAACCUACCUAUUGACGACUGGCCAGCCGUGUGCGCUAAAACUUUUAUAGCACUAUCAAUAUUCUUUACAUACCCACUUCACUUCUUUGUGGUAUUAGAUAUAUUCACCCGAUAUGCGGAACCACACAUCAAGAAGGAGUAUCGUAAUUUUGCACAAAUACUCGCCAGGACCUCUUGCGUUUGGAUUUGUGGUGGAAUAGGCAUAGCAUUGCCUAUGCUGGAACAGAUCAUCAACAUUGUCGGAGCACUGUUCUACUCCAUACUGGGACUCAUAAUACCAGGUGUAAUCGAGACAGUAUUUAGAUGGGAAGAUCUGGGCAGAUGGAAUUGGAUUUUUUGGAAAAAUCUAUUGAUUAUCCUCUUUGGUGUCUGUUCUUUAGUAUCAGGCUGUACUGUUAGUGUCAUGGAUAUUAUAAGUAUUUUAAAUAAAAAAACCAUUUGA